AUGAACAUAGUCGACGUAGCAGUGGUGGCGCAGAGUAAAGAGCCGACGAGGAAUAUCACAUUGGUUACCAAGAAGAUGGUCUUGAUUAAGAAGAUCUUAUACAGCUUUACGAACCCGAGUUGGAAUGCGCAGGUGCAGAGUCGAAUUGCAGACGAGUACCAUCCCACGUCAGCCACGGUGUAG